CAGUCCGUCCCCCCUCUCUCUCUCUCUCUCUUCCCCGCUCCUAGCCUCACUCCACACUCUCCCGUCCCGUUCCCCCUCUCCGACCGCGCGCUCUCCCCUCCCCUUAUCUGCCGGCGACGAGGUCGAGCUCUAGCUGGUGCUUCGUACAGCCCGCGGAGGAGGAGGCGGAGAUGGAGCCUAUGAGCGUUGACAGCAGCAGCAGCGGCUGCGGGGGCCUGGACGCGCAGAUCGAGCAGCUCAUGCAGUGCCGCCCGCUCGCCGAGCAGGAGGUUAAAGCAUUAUGCGAGAAGGCCAAGGAGAUAUUGAUGGAGGAAAGCAAUGUACAGCCAGUAAAAAGUCCGGUAACAAUUUGCGGUGACAUUCAUGGACAAUUCCAUGAUCUUGUUGAGCUUUUUCGGAUUGGUGGGAAGGUACUAUUUACAUUAUCUGAUCUUAUAUUUUUUUCCGUACCCCACUUUACACCAUGCACUGAACAUCGUAUAACAUUAUUCCUUUUUUUUUUGCAGUGCCCAGAUACUAAUUAUUUGUUCAUGGGGGAUUAUGUGGAUCGUGGCUACUACUCAGUCGAGACUGUUUCUCUCUUGGUAGCACUGAAGGUCCGCCACCCACAUCGGAUUACAAUCCUUCGUGGAAACCAUGAGAGUCGACAGAUCACACAGGUCUAUGGAUUCUAUGAUGAGUGCUUAAGAAAGUAUGGCAACGCCAACAUAUGGAAAAUAUUCACAGAUCUUUUUGAUUACUUCCCACUAACAGCGCUGGUGGAAUCUGAAAUUUUCUGCCUCCAUGGUGGUUUGUCUCCAUCAAUUGAGAAUCUUGAUAGUGUGCGGUGCUUAGAUCGUGUCCAAGAGGUUCCGCAUGAGGGACCUAUGUGUGACCUUUUAUGGUCUGAUCCCGAUGACCGAUGUGGCUGGGGCAUAUCUCCUCGUGGUGCUGGCUACACAUUUGGGCAGGACAUAUCUGAACAAUUCAAUCACACCAACAAUCUCAAACUUGUAGCUCGGGCUCAUCAGCUAGUUAUGGAGGGAUAUAAUUGGGCUCAUGAACAAAAAGUUGUUACCAUAUUCAGUGCUCCAAACUAUUGUUACCGAUGUGGCAACAUGGCAUCCAUUUUGGAAGUUGAUGACUGCAACAGCCACACAUUUAUCCAGUUUGAGCCAGCCCCUAGGCGAGGUGAGCCAGACGUGACACGGAGAACGCCUGAUUAUUUCCUUUGAAUGAAUCGGCAGCACCAUUUCUCAGCUUGUAUUGCGAUAACCUGCACCGAUCAGUGAGAUUCUGCUGGGCCCAAAUAUGCACAUGAGCCGACAAACAAUAACAAAGGGGGUUAUCAAAACCUUAUGUAAAACUUGAACCCCCAUCGGUCAAUUCAACCAAGGGGGUGCUACCCUGAAACAAAACAAGGUUGCAGCCACUCCUGCCUGAGUUCCAGCUGAAAAAAAGGACCAAUAUCCAUCAUCUCCCUCCUCACUAGGCAAUUUCAUAGAUUUCUCUUGGCAAAGACUGCACUCCUACCUGUAGCGUAAGCUUGCAUCACUGGGCUUGUAAUCUGUAUUAUUAUCAAUGACAGGAUUCAGUUUAAUUAAAUCAGAUUUCAGUAUUUCAA